UGUGCUACGUCUUUGUUGUGUUUUUCUUUUUCAAUUUAAAAACCAAGCAUCAGUAGCGUGUUUACUUUCUAUAAAAUACGAUCACAUAACGAUGGGUAACACAAGUGGCAAACGAGAAUCGGACAAUCUAUACACAGCCGAGGAGCUGCGCUUUCUAGAAACGGCGUACCGCAACGCAUCCGGCGGUGCAUUAGAGAAAUUAACACAAGAUCGACUCGUGGAAGCAUGGUCUCAAACGAUCGAGCAUUCGCUAGCCGAGGGCACGGCUCAGUUUCUGUUUAUGCCAACGAAACCUGGACAGCAUUGCAUUAAUAUACCCUUAAGGAAAUUUGGCGAACCCUACUACAUUAUGGAACGUGGCAGCAUUGAGAUGAAGAUGCAAAUGAUGCUGGCGUCGCUGCAACGCGGCGCCAACGACAGCUACAACAGCAAACAGCUUGAACAGUAUAUACACUCGGUCAUUAAGAGCUAUGUGCAUCUGGAGAGCACCUCGAAGGGAUCCAUCAUUAAGGAAUGGCAGGAUUUGGGCUUUCUCACAACCGAACGUUCGGUCUGCAGCUUUGCCAAGGGUCUGAUGCGUAACCUAAGCAAAGAUUUAGAGCACACCUUGCACAAUGAGGCACUGGAGCGUUGGCUGCAUGUCACGCCGCAGUUUCUGCAAUUGUGGCGCGAGGUUUUCGUGCAGCUUUACACACGCCAUGGUGGCAGCAAGCGCACAAUCAUCAAAGAUGUGGAAAUUUCCAUUCUGCCUCAACUGUGCGAUGCCCCGCACAGCAGUCACUACAGGCCCAUCAUCGAGCUGCCACAUGUGCUGUAUAUAAAUGCACAGCUGCCGCGCGAGAUGCGUCACAAAUGGCGUUUCCUAUUUUCAUCGAAAGUACACGGUGAGAGUUUCUCGACCAUGAUUGGCAAGAUGAUGGACAAGGGGCCCACGUUGUUCUUCAUUGAAGACGAGGAUCAAUACAUAUUUGGCGGCUAUGCACCAGAAUCAUGGUCCCUUAAGCCUCAGUUUGGUGGCGACGAUACCUCUUUGCUCUAUACGCUCAGUCCAGCCAUGCGCUGUUUCAGCUCCACUGGCUACAAUGACCAUUAUCAGUAUCUUAACUUGAAUCAGCACACAAUGCCCAAUGGGCUGGGCAUGGGCGGGCAGUUUGAUUUCUGGGGCCUCUGGUUAGACUGCAUGUUUGGCGAGGGUCAGAGUGUGGAGAGCUGUACCACAUAUAGCGACUAUGUGCAGCUCAGCAAACGCAAGCAAUUUAAAAUACGUAACCUGGAGGUUUGGGCUGUCGGGGAUUUGCCCGUCAAGGAUGAAGACGAGGGCGGGGAUGGUCAGAAACGUUCUGUGCUGGACAGCAAUCUGGAGGAUCGUGCCAUGCUGGAAAUUGCUGGCAAGCAAAUGCACUCGGAUGGUCUUCGUGAACCGGGCAUGGAUGAUUGAUGGCGGUCGCAGUUCAAGGCAUUAAGUAAAUGUUCGGUUUUAACACGUUCAAGAAUUUAUAGCACUAUAUCUUUUUUGGGUGUGCGGUUAAAACCUUUACAUAUUUACUUUAGCCAUAAAAACCUUCCUACACACUUUAAAACAAA